GUGUAAUUCUACUUUACAGAUGGAUGCCUUCUUCCGGCCGAUACUCAGGGCUGACCUCUGGUGGUGGUGCGGUGGCACACGGUGCAAACGUCUCCUUUUUGCCCUCAAAAUACAAGGGCAACAGGACAAUCCCUUGGUUCCACCAAGACUUGAACUUAGACCACUGGAUUCAAAGUCCGGGGUGCUAACCAUUACACCACGGAACCUGCAAGGGUACAGACAGCGCCGGGCCCUGAAGUACAUCCUGUCAGAUUACAUUAGCGUUGAUAUAACUUCACUGAGGGUAAUUUCUCUACGCCUUCGGGCUGGGGAAAAGGUCCUAACUGUCAUUUGUGCGUACGUGCCAAACGGCAGUGCGGAGUACCCGGUCUUUUUGGAGUCCUGGUGACUCCGUCGUUCUACUGGGAGACUUCAACGUCCAUGUGGGCAAUGACAGUGUGACCUGGAGGGGCGUGAUUGGGAGAAACGGCCUCCCUGAUCUGAGCCCGGGCAGUGUGAUGUUAUUAGACUUCUGUGCGAACCACAGUUUGUCCAUAACUAACACCAUGUUCGAACAUAGGGAUGUCCAUAAGUGCACUUGGCACCAGGACACCCUUGGCUGCAGGUCUAUGAUCGACUUUGCAGUUGUGUCGUCAGACCUGCGUCCGCAUGUUCUGAUCAGGCGGGUGAAGAGAGGGGCUGAGCUGUCAACUGACCAGAUUAAGGUUCCUUACGCUCAGGAGGCACUGGUUGAAAUCCCACAGCUGGCAUUUUCCUGGUCAGCUCCAUUAUCCACGACUGGAAUGAUUUGGCAGCAAAAGACUGUCAGAUUGUACAAGACACCUGAACAUCUUGAGAAGAAGAUUAAGAGAGGUUUUGUUCUAAUGAGAAGGGUUUGUUUGUUGACAUUGUGACAUACAAAAGAGGAACUCCCCGUCGGGGAAUCGAACCCCGGUCUCCCGCGCGGCUGGCGGGGAUAGUUCAGCUGAAACGAGCUAAAUUUUCCCCAUUCAUUUCCAAUGAGAGAGAAAGGCCACUAUGAAUGUAAUAUACUUUUGUCCAUGAGUGGCGCUGUGGCCGCUUCUGCUACACCCACCCACCACAUCCAUCCUGAACUUCAGGUAGAAAUUAACUCUAUUAAGUGUCAUUAUUUCAUAUGUUAUUUGUGUUUCUCAGAGAUUGCUGCGCACCGUUCAGGGUUGCAGAGUCUUCUGCGGAGAAACACCUCAACUGGGAUGCAUGGCAAACAACUGACACAAUUGUUACUGAGGCCACAUCUGUGUGCCUCAGAAUAUCACCCGUUAUACGGCACCUUCGCACAGUUCCUGUCGGCUGCCUUCUCUGUGGUGGACCAGGAAGACCUGCAGAGGCUCCAGGAUGCAUACGUCUUCUGUGGCAUCCAGCCUGCAAAUCCCACCAAGCAGCAUAUUCGUGAGCACUGCAGGAUAAAGAUUCCUCCGCCCGGGACGCUUAUUCAGAGAGUGGAAGGGGUGUUGAAGCACUUUCACCUGACCACAGAUCCGAAUGGCAUCCCUCUUUAUAAGCCCUCCAUGCUAAAGAGAUGGAGGAUCCAACGAGUCCACAUUCUGCGCGGUUGCCUCAGUGAUCCUGAGGUGGAAGGGGGCAUACUGUACCGCCGUGGAGGAACGAUACAGUUAAACCACGUGCCAGGUGAGCGUGCAGCAGUCCCCGUCUGGAUCCCCAUCAGAGGCACGUCGCAGCAGGAGGGCUACCACUUUCACCAGGCCAAAUGGGUGACCGGCACGCAGGUCUCCCCAGAGCUGUUCCAGGCCCAGGCCAUGACAGGAGUGUGUCGCUGGAACUAUCAGCGUCUGCUGGACCUGAAACUGCCAGGCGUUUCUCUCCCGCCUGUUUUCAACCCUGCACUGAUAUGCUCCCUGAAUGCUGUUUCCAGACGGGUCUUUGGCGAAGAAAAGUACCCUGCUCUUCGUCUGGCAGCUGAAGACACCGGGGAGAGGUUUGGCCUGGAGUACAGGGAGCCAGAAUGUUGUCCGGUCCCUUUAGACUGGGACAAACAUAUAACCAAGAAGGACCCCGGCCACGCCACAAGUGCUCCUUCUCCAGGCAUCCUGCCUGAUCAGGGAGCAGACCCAGUGCAGCCUUCCUCCACACCUCCCACCAGGCUUUUCAGCUUUGUUCACCCUCUUCAAACUGCUACUGUGACUACGUCUAGUCGUGUGGCCCCUAUCCCAGCAUCUGACUUGGACAAUAAAGCUUCUGUUACUGAGCUUCAGCCACAGCCAGAGCCCACAAGAAGAUUACCCAUCCAAUGUUCUCCGACUGCUGCCCGCACUGGACCAGUGAAGACUGGAGGGAGAGUAUUUGUGUUGGACCACAAGCGCUGGCCGUCUCCAAAGAAGUCGGCAAUUGACGAGCUCCUUAAUAAACACCGCGGGCACGAGGACAUGAUCAAGCUUGUGGUUCGGGAGUAUGGCACUCUUGUCCAGCAAAGACCCCAACAGCAUGCUGCAUCCAACAUCAAAAUUGCAUAUUCCCAAAUACAUAAUACACAACAGUAAAUUUCUCAAUACAUCAUCUUCACUAAAUACCAGCCCAGAGAAGCUGCAACAUACACAGCAGCUUUGGCAGUUGCUAAGCACUACCUCUGCUGUGCCUGUCGUGACACUGCCUGCAGCUAUGGUCAUUCCACCAUCACCACCACCACCACCAUCACCACCACCACCACCACCUGCUCAUACCCCAUUGGAGCAGGAGCAACCACCUCCCGUGUCAAAAAAACUCAAACAAAAACAUGUCUGUGCUGUCGUCAACCAAAAUCAAAAUAUCAAGGGGAUGGGACAUCAAUACAUGACUUUUAUCAGCGGGGCCGUGUCAGAUACUUUUAUUGCCCCACAAAAGUUUUCCAAAAAUAUGGUGCAGAAGGUCUGACAAACCCAGUCAAACAAAAGUUCAGUCAAACAGACUUCUUCCAGCGAGAGCUCGAUGAUACAAGAAAGAGGGUGGAGGGGAAAAAAGCAGAAGAAGAGGAAGGGGGAGGAAUCUCCUCCACCCCCUGUCCGAAAGUGCCGGUUCUGCAGGAUGCAGCUAAAGCAGGAUCCGAACAGCCCCCACAUCCACACUGGCUUUCCAGGGCAAGCAGGGAAGUACAUCUACUGCCCUGCCAAAGUCUUCUCUAUCUAUAGAGAGAACGGGAUGGAAAGAGAGAUGAGCUGGAGGGGGUUCCAGGCCUCUCCUUUUUAUGAAAAGGAGAAACA